CCUGUUCUAUAGUAUAUGUUGUUUUGUAAUGGUUCUGCGUAAGGUAAAAAACACAUUGUGAAAUUGAAUCUUAAUUAUACUCACUUUAUAAGAAAAAGGUAAGCAAGUAUUGUAUAAGCUCUUAUAACUGGUUUGGAAGAAAUGGAUGACACAAGUAACAAGAAUGCAUUAUUAAAAUCACAAUCCAAAUUUGAGCGAGUCUGUACAUCAGAGAAUACAAAAGAUGAUAAUGAACAUGAUUGGUGGGCAAGUGAUAGUGGAUCAAGUACUGGAUCAUAUUAUUCAGAUACCGACAGUUCUACAGCAGAAUGGGAAUCGGAAAUUAACUCGAAUGGAGAAUUAUUUUAUAUAGAAUCUGCUGUAGAUAGUAUAAAUGAUGAGCAAAUCUCGUUUAAUGAGACAAAGCAUGAUCCUCAACCGGAAUUAGUACGUCGACGUAGUACUAGAGCAGGAAAACUCAUGAGGCUCAUAAGACGAAAAGAAAGUAAACGUAUUAGUACUAGAAAUAGGAGAAAUGAUCUUAAUACUAUUACAAACAAUAUGGGAAAUUUGGGAAAAGAAGUAAAUACAACUAAAGAAGUUACAUUUAGAGACUUUGAGGCAGGUGAAAUUCGGGAAGUUACAUUAUGGGUUGAUCUGGAUAGAAGACAUAAAUUAGGAAGAAGAGCCACAUUGUGUGAAGCUUAUUUCGGCAUAAUACCAGGUGUCUUCUCAGAUAAAAUACGUAUCAUGGUUGCAGGAUUUAUACCAGAUGGAGAAGCAAUGAAGAAUAAAAACAUAAAAAUUGGAGAUUGGUUAAAAAGCGUGAAUUCAAAUAAUGUUACAUAUCAAACUUUAGAUCACGUACUAUCUGAGAUAACAGUGUCAACAAAUGUAAUAUUAGAGGUACAAAGAGUUGCAGGUGUUGAUGUUACAGAAACAGUGGCCGGAGCGAGUAGUCCCAAGCAAUCUGCCUUAGUACAAAGGCUAAUGAAUAAGGAAGAAAGUAAAGAUUUAAUGGGAUCAAUAGUAGAUUAUCCUCUGGGUGUAUUGUAUUUGCGAACUACAGAACUUUCAGAAAUAGGAUCAGAAUUACAAGGUGUUUUGUACACGUUUCCUCGUUCGGAAACUAAAAAUGUGCAUUCAAUUUUAUGUACAGCAAGAGGAGCUUUUAUAACUCUUAAUCAUUUAUUACCAGGAAUAGAUGGUCUACACCCUACAAGUACAACAAUACAGGUGGCAGAAGAAGAAAUUCAUGUUGUAUAUACACCUAAAAACGAUGAAUUGCUCCUAAUAGCAUUACCAAAUAAAUGUUGCACUCCCGAGGAAGCAGUUAGUCUGUCAGCUGACAUAGUCAGGACUCUAGAAUUUACGUAUGAAUCGUUGACGAAAUGUUUCAUACCUCAGGAAAAUCAAUGUUCUCUAGAUCAUUUCUUUAUUUUGAUUGUCGAACGCUUAUUGGACCUAAAAAGUAACGCAAAUGACGUAGGAUUAAAUGCGACUUGUAUGAAAAUCAAUAAAGAUGUCGAAAGUAUGGAAAAUUACAAAUUCCGGAGUACAUUCUCGGUUGCUAAUUUUAUAGAAUUAUCGAGGGACGCACAAAUUCAAGUCGACGCUGCCUUGAGCGAAAUGGAAGCUAUGGAUUAUAGAGAUUGGAAUGAAGAUCCGAUGGAUUGUCAAAGGCUGUAUACGAUUUUAGGUAGUUGCAUUUAUCACAAGCAUUACCUUCUUGGAUCUCACUUAACUCAUAGCGAUUUGAUCGAAGUAGAAUCUUAUCUUAGACAAAACUGUAUUUUAAAUUUGAUAAAUAACGAACCAGUGAAGUGUCUUGUUAUAUGGAAGAAAGUGUAUCCUUCUUCGUGCAAUCGUGGAAACAUAGAAGAUAACAAAGACAAUCAUCCAGUUAUACCUAAUGGAAAAUGGUAUUUACUGGUUGUUGGAUAUGGACAUGACUUAUUAGCGGUCCUUUUAGAAUCCGGCGGAUGUACCGCAAAAUGUAGCGAGAUUAUUGGGCCAGAUAUAUUUUAUGUAGAAGAAGCUCAAGAGACUUUGAAGCACAUACAAAAAAUAGGAGUAACAACACUCGCGGCUAAAUGGAUAGAAUCUAAUACUAGACCGGAAGUAAUAUCUUAUGAAGAUCCUGUAUUUGUGAAAUCCUCAUCCAGUAUCACGGAAAAUCUGUUAGGUCUUAUAAAGUCAACAGAUGCACAAAAUUCUAAUAUUAAGUCGUCCCUUAUGUUAAGCAGUAAUAAAAAAACGCAAGAAAUACCUUCAAUCUUAAAGAAACGUGACGUAGAAGAAUGUCCCGUGGCUUUAGGAUCAGUGUAUUCUCUUCACACGUCAGAAGAUUCAUUAAGUCAAGGAACUGGUGGAAUUAGCGAAAUAAGUGAUGAAGCAUUGCCUAUAUUAGGAAGACGAGCAACAAGAGAAAAAAUCGUUAGCAAAUCGAGGUAUUCCGAUGACAGUGAUUCUGAUAUCGAUGUAUAUAAGAAUGAUUGUCGAAUGUUAAACAUGGACAUAUCUAACAUAAGAGAGAAUUUACUAAAUCAAGCUGAAUAUUUAGUACCAAAAACGUUAACAAUGGGCGAAAAGAAUUACUUGUAUUAUUAUGUACACUUGGACAUGGUUGAAGGGAUACUUGUGUCUUCAAAACCAGUAGAACCUGCAGAAAAAAAUCAUAACUUUCUUGUUAAUUUUAACAGAUGUGUUCAUAUAAUUCACAGAUUAUUACAUAAUACUGUAAGAUUUAAAACUAUGUUAAACUCGGAUGUUGACAGAACUGUGAUUAAUAAGAGUUUAAUUGCCGUUAAGGAACAUGGCGUGUUGUUUAAGUGGGAAAAUACAACUUUUUGGGUUGUUGGACGAUUAUAUACAACUCCCCAUCCAAAAGAGUUAUAUGUAUGUUAUCAAGAUUCUGCUCCCCAAAACUUAAUUGAGAUGGCAUUUAAGUUACAAUCAUUACAUACGUUUUAAUUUUUCUUAAGCUUCUUUGAAAGUUGAAAGCAUACCAUGUAUAUUUUUUAUUUAAACAGCCGCAAAAUGUGAAAACUGACAUAGGCGCGAAACAGGUGUGUUUCACAUGAAUUUGCUAUCAAUAUUCAAACCACUAUUACAAGCUCUCGCGUGUCUAAAGUUUAAGGAGACACGUGUCAAUUCAAUAUUUCUAUUUCAUUAUCAUUACAUGUUUACGAAAUAUAAUCACAUAUUUACAAUUCAUGGA